AUUAUAUGUUUCUUUCUAUCCUUUCUCUCACAUGCCACCUCUCUGGCUCUCUCUUCUAAAGACUUCUCUCUCUCUCUAUCUUGUCUUCCCCGUACAUAACUAGUGGCCAGCCGCCAUUUCUGGUUAAAUUUCCCGGCUGCCCCUCGAAUCAAACCCAGCCCGCACACAGAUAUCUGUACUCACAACAUUAAAAACAAAACAAAAAACAUGCAUCUCUGUAUGUCUGUUCCAUUCUACAUCUAUAACUCGAAUACUUUCAGGAUUUAAGCUCGACCCAGAUUAAAACUCUUAAAAAUCUGAAAAGGGUAGCCUUUACUUUCUCGUUUCUUGAAAGAUGUUCAAAGUUUCGUAGCUUAAUUAUCGUUGUCGUAUUUUUUUUUUUUUCUUUUUGUGGGGGUUCUUGAUUGUGUAUUAUUGUACUAGGAUAGAAUGAGUUUGAGGGCGAUGGAGGAAGAAUCGGCGUCGGAAAUUCGUCUCCCGGCGGACGUGGACUGGGAGAUGUUAGACAAAUCAAGAUUCUUCUUCCUCGGCGCGGCGUUAUUCUCCGGCGUGUCGGCCACGCUCUACCCGAUAGUCGUGCUGAAGACGCGCCAGCAGGUAUUGACGGCGCGGAUCCCCUGCCUGAAGAUGUCGGCGUCCAUGCUCAGAACCGAAGGCCUCCGGGGGUUCUACAGGGGAUUCGGGACUUCCCUGGUGGGAACCAUCCCGGCGCGUGCGCUAUACAUGGGCGCGUUGGAAAUGACGAAGAGCAGCGUCGGCACCGCCGCGGUCCGCCUGGGGUUCUCCGAGGCGUCCGCGGCCGCCAUAGCCAACGCCGCCGCGGGGCUGAACGCGUCCAUGGCGGCGCAGGUAGUGUGGACGCCGAUCGACGUGGUGAGCCAGCGGCUGAUGGUGCAAGGAGCGGAAAACGGCGGAUUCAAAAGCUACAGCGGCGGAUUAGACGCUUUCAGGAAGAUAAUUUACAGCCAUGGCGUCAAAGGAUUAUACAGAGGAUUUGGGCUUUCAAUUCUCACAUACGCCCCUUCCAGCGCGGUAUGGUGGGCGUCUUACUCAAUAUCCCACAGAGCAAUUUGGGCUCGAACCCGCCGCCAUUUCUGCCGGAAAGACGAUCUCCGGCCGGAGGGGAAAGCGGGGUUAGUGGCGGUCCAAGGAAUAAGCGCCGCCGUGGCCAGCGGCGUCUCCGCCUUGGUCACAAUGCCGAUGGACACAAUCAAGACAAGAAUGCAAGUUUUGGACGGAGAAGGGAAUAUGCGGCGGCCGGUGACGGUUGUUCAGACCGUGAGAAACCUAGUUAAGGAGAGUGGGAUUAGUGGUUGUUACAGAGGGUUGGGUCCGAGGUGGGCCUCCAUGUCCAUGUCUGCAACCACCAUGAUCACUACCUAUGAGUUUCUCAAGCGGCUAUCAACCAAGAGACAAGAAAGAUUUGUUUGAUUAACUUAAGAGUAGCAGAAGAUGAGCUAUUAAGAUAAGCUUUUGUUACACUUACACGCAUUGUAGAUCUUUAUUUUGUUAUAGUAUAAUAGUGUUAUGAAUCUUUUAUGGUAUAGUAGAUUAAUCCCAACAUAUAUUAUAUUGAACCCAAUUCAAUGUCCUUGAA